UCCACUGUGAUGCUCGCCGUCACCACAACCACCAUGAUUCAGACGGCUGUGAUCUCCACCACCGUGUCUCCUUAACGAUAACUUCAGUUUCUUUUUUAUUUCGAUUGGGUUUAUUAAUUUCACGCCUGAAACCAAGAGCGCUUGGGAAUUAUGGAAGAGUCAGAAACCUCAGCAGACGGAGGCGUUCAGCCUAAAACGGAGGCAGGGAUGAGCCGGAAGGAGAAGUGGAAAGCCAUGAAGAAGAUGAAGCGGAAGCAGACGCGGAAGGAAAUCGCUCUCAAAGAGCGUCAGGAAGAAGAGGCGAGGCCCCAAGAUCCUCAAGAGCUUAUCAACAUGGAGCAAGAGGAGGCCAAGAGGUCCGAGAGUGUGAGGAUCUUGUUCGAGGAGCGAGAGAGAGAUUGGAUUGAAGCCAUGGAGAUUCGAAAGAGGAAACGAAUCGAACAAGAAGACGAGGAGCAUAGAAUUAAGGAUCUGGAAGACGAAGAACUAUUUUAUCAAAAAUGCAAAUGAUGAUGGUGAUGAUGACUGGGAGUAUGUAGAAGAGGGACCUGCUGAAAUCAUCUGGAAGGAAAAUGAAGUAAUUGUCAAGAAGAAAAGAGUCAAGGUUCCAAAGAGGAAUAAAGACUAGAAAAGUAUAAAGGAGGUGUGUAACAUCAAUUGGAACAUGGAUUAAAUACACAAUACUUUAUGGUCUUUGGGUUUGUCCAUAAAGUUUUAAGGACAGAUGUUGUCAUUUUUUCCACAGGAUUCUGAUCGACCUACAUCAAAUCCUCUCCCUCCACAAUCCGAAGCUUCUGAUGAUUACAAAAAUGCAUCUUUAUCAGCGCAGCAGCUGAUUGAGACUGAACAAGUACUGCAUUUUGGAACUGAACAGGUUUGCUUCUUUCCUCCUCUGUCUGUUAAUACUAUCCAAUUUUAUCUUAGUAAUUGUUAUAUCUCUGCCAAUUUAUCUUAUAUUUUGUGAUUUGAUGCUGUAAUUUUAUUCAUCAGUGAGGGUUAUAGUCUUUAAUCUUUGAGCUUAUGUGCAUGUCAGGAUAAAGAUCAUUGUCCUUUCCAUUUGAAAACUGGUCGAAGCUUGUCGGUUUGGUCGGCAUUGCAGUAGAGUCCUUUCUACCCAGAUAAAUCAUCCACACUGCUUAUCAAGAACAUGUACAAUGGUCCUGGCCUUACUUGGGAGCAGGAUGAGGGGCUUGAGGUCUGUUAAUGCUGCCAUGCCUUCAUGUGAUUCUUGUAUCCUGAUAAUAACUUUGGAGACCUUACUUUCAUUGAAUCUACGAAUCUGUGUAUUUGUGUGGUGUCACUGCAUAAUGAUUGAAAGCAGCUCAUAGAGUUCCUUAUUAAAAAAUGAAAAUUUAUACUUCAAAAGAUAUACUACCCAUUAAAUGUACUUUGUUGAGCAGGCAUAUCUAACAUAAAAUAAACUCUUCUUUCUCUGUGGCAUGUUGAUCUAUUGAGGAGUCAUGGACUGGUUUAUCAUUCUUUUCGACAUGAUAUCUUUUUGGAUUUGUAUUUGAUUGCAUACCAUGUGUCUUAGUUCAAUGCUGUAGUUUAGUUCAGUUUUCCUUCUUUUCAUAUAAGGAUUGACACUCUUCUUCUUUGACUUAAGCAAUCAGAUUCAUUGCAAGUUCACUUUGGUGGAGAUUCAGGUUUUCAGCCUUGAUUGUACUGAAUUAAAGAUAUUAUGCAUAGUAUAUCCUUCUUGCUAUCUUUAAACUUGCUAUGGUGUAUCGAUUAGUUUCCUUAGUCUUAUUGCCAUCUUCGUUAUAAGCUUCACUUCCUUGUUUAUUUCUUCUUUUCACUUUUGUUGUACAUAAACAACUGUGUGCAUUUAUGCAUGUAUCUACCAAUGGUUGUAAUCUCCAUACAAACCAUUGGUAGAUAUAAUUGAUGUAUAAUUGAUUGUAUGGAUUAUGCAUGCAUGUAUAAUUAAUUGUAAUAGUUAUACAUGGCUACACAUUGUCGCCCGAUUGCAAUCAUGAAAUUUUUGUUUUGCUUUGAUAUGCUAUUGAGGUUAGAAACCAUGUAUAGUAGUAUUCUAAAUUUUGCACCUCUAAUAUAUGGAUCUGGAGAUUUAGAGCCUACUUGUGGGAGGGACUGAGUUCUGCCAAUCUCAUUUGGGAGAGCUGAGAUUUCACAGUUAUGAGAUUUUGCCAAACUUCUACUAGGACUGUCUUUGAGAGUUUUGUUGAUAAUAUAACAAAACAAAACAAAAAAAUCUGAAUUAGUUGUCUGACACUUUAAGUUUCUCCUCUGAACAUAUAAAUUUAGAGUCUUUCCUUCAAUUAUCAUUUACUUUUAGUUUGAUUUGGAGUGUGAUCCUUGCCAAUUAAAGGGUAUCAGUCACCCCAAUGAACGCAGAGCCAAGCUUGUAGUUGAUCACUCUUGCAGGCAUGCUUGUGAGUGAUUGAUGCUAGGGAAAAGUCUUUGUCCAAAUCGAAAAACCUGACUCCGCUAUGCAUGUAGUCUGAUGAAGUUACCUUUUCUCUUUGGUUUUACUUAGGCGACGCAGGGCAUUACAUAUAUAUAGGAGUGGUCUACUUGGUGAUGAUCACAACAUCGCCCAAUCUAGAGGUUCAUGAGCUGGAUGAGCUCCCGGAGCAGUGGCGGAGGUUCAAGCUGGCUUGGCUUUGUAAGGAGCUGCCGUCGCAUAAUUCUGGGGCUUGAUUCGGAUUCUCAAUGCCCAGAAGAAGUGGAUGAGGCAAGAGGACGCCAAGAACUCUGGUAUUGUUAACUAUAGGUCUCAUUGUGAAAUUAUAAUCAUUUUCCUUCCAUCAGUUUAAGGAUUAUGAUACCAAGAACUCUGGUAUUUUGAAAGAAAUCUGCAGAAACUGUUCUGCAGUACAGCCUUCUUUGGUAUUUCUUUUUCCUGACUUAUUGAACUCCAAAUGA